UUCGCCACUGACUCCUCAUUCAGAGGCAUGUUCGCGAGGACGGUUCGGCCACAACGAGUUGCGCGGACCCUCAGGUUUGGACACAGAGGAACAUUCGCAACAACAAUGAAGCUCGUCAGGUUUAUCAUGAAGAAUGCUGCUUUGGCCAAUGUGCCCAAACAUAUCGAGCAUUUCUCCAAAUUCUCCCCGUCGCCGCUCUCCAUCAAGCAGUUUAUUGAUUUCGGUUCCAUCAACGCUUGUGAGAAGACGUCCUUUGUCUUUUUGAGGCAGGAACUCCCCGUGAGGCUUUCAAACAUUAUGAAGGAAAUCAACCUCUUGCCUGAUAAACUGCUCACAACCCCGUCUGUGCAAACGGUCCAGAGCUGGUACAUCCAGAGUUUAAUGGAGAUCCUGGAUUUCUUAGACAGGCAUCCUGAUGACCACAAAGUCCUGGGAGAGUUUGUCGAUGCCUUAGUUACCAUCAGAAACAGACACAAUGAUGUCGUGCCAACCAUGGCCCAGGGCAUCAUAGAGUACAAAGAGGCCUUCCCCCAGGACCCAGUGACCAACCAGAACAUCCAAUACUUUCUGGACCGAUUCUACUUGAGCCGCAUCUCCAUCCGUAUGCUCAUCAAUCAGCACACUCUUAUUUUUGAUGGCACCACCAACCCCGUUCACCCCAACACCAUUGGCAGCAUUGACCCUCACUGUCAAGUCGCAGAUGUAGUUCAGGAUGCCUUCAAUAGUGCCAAGAUGCUGUGUGACCAGUACUAUUUCCGCUCCCCUGACCUGAUUCUACAUGAGAUGAGCCGUAAGACCAAGAACCAUUCAAUAAGCAUGGUCUACGUGCCCUCUCACCUUUAUCACAUGCUGUUUGAGCUCUUCAAGAAUGCUAUGAGAGCCACCAUUGAGACACAUGAGAGCAGCAACAACCUACCACCCAUUAACGUCUUGGUAUCUCUGGGAGGCGAGGACAUGUCCAUCAAGGUGAGUGAUAAGGGCGGUGGUGUCCCAUUUCGGAGGAUCGAGAAACUUUUCAGCUACAUGUACUCCACUGCUCCUGCUCCACAGAUAGGAGAGUACACACGGCCUCCACUGGCUGGCUUUGGCUACGGUCUGCCCAUCUCUCGUCUCUAUGCCAAGUACUUCCAGGGGGACCUGCAGCUUUACUCCAUGGAGGGCCACGGCACAGAUGCUGUCAUCUACUUGAAGGCUCUGUCCACAGACUCCAUUGAGAGGUUGCCGGUGUACAACAAAACUGCUCUCAAGAACUACAAAGUGAGUCAAGAAGCUGACGACUGGUGCGUGCCCAGCAAAGAGCCCCUAGACCUGAGCACCUAUAAGGUGGCCAAGUGAAGAUGCCUUCAAACCAGGGAACCUCCAGAAUAUCUGUCUUCAUAACUCUGUGUCAUUGCCUGCUCAGGCAGAUUGGGGAUGGUCUGGUUUUAGCAUUAGCAUGCUCAUGUUCCUGUUGUCCUUCCGGUUCUUCAUAAGGGAAGUACACAGAUAGGAAACAGCUACUGACAGAGAACAAUUUACACCAUCACCUUUCAAAAUGUAGCUCCAACAUUGCUUAGCAUCAGGGGGGGAACGUGUUUGUGUUUUGUGUGAGUGGACACAGGGCUCAGAGUCACUCCCAGGUCGGGAGAGAUGGAGGCCACGCCCAGCAUGCUUUGGGAUUCAUGUGAUUCUGACAAAUGCAAGUUAAGGCUUGACUUUUCAAGUAAAGCAAAUUUUUCAUUUAAACGGGGGAAAAAACCUGUUGUCGAGCAUUUGAAACAGAUCCACGUUCUGUCUCCUGUAGGAAAUGCCACCCAAAGCCUUACAGUAGCAAUAUUGCCCAAAGGCACAUUCAUUGAAAGGACUUGAACAAUUUAAACAGAUACAUUUGAUGCACGUUGUUAUGUUUAAAGUACUGUACUAACGUUGAAGUCUUCACCAAAUGUAUGACUUGUGUGGAUUUGUGUUGGGGAUUUUGAUAUUUCACUCCAAUUGAUAAGAUAUUUUGUUAUCUUUAAAGUCAGCUUUUUGGACCAGCCGGAAUACAACAAGCUGUCCUGUGCGUGGAUUUGCAUUAAUUGCAGAGAUUAUUAUGUAAUAGAAACUACAGCACCACAGGGCCCAAGCUCUUUUUGCUUCAGGCAGAUUUUUAGUGGGAGCUGUAAAACCCCAGGAGACAAUUCAGGCUGUGCUUGAGUUCUGUACCGGUCAGUGAUCCAGUGAGGAGAGGCCAGUCUUGCAUCGUUUAUUACGCAUUUGGCAAAAUGAAGAUAAAAUGCUUUUGGUCCACGUGUGUUCAAGAUGAGUGUUAUUUUUUUUUCUGUUGUAUUUAUCUUUGACCAUAUAGUAUGUGAAAUGUUAUUUUUAUAGCUACACACUGUGACUGAAAUGAUUGUAAAUACUGUAAAUACAGUCCAAAUGAUAAAAAAAAAAAAAAUAA